CCAGUCACAGGGCUUCCACGCAGCUGCCACAGGCUGGCCAUUGGAGACGCUUCAUGCUGAGCAGCAAAAUGGCCGCCCGUCAACCGACUGACUCCACAGCGCUUUGAAAUUUAAAUUCUUCUGCACAUUAGGGUUUACACUAUUACAACGUUAGUACUUAUUUACAAACCUGUAGCUUACUACGCGUGUUUUUUCAUCAUCUGCCACUUACUUGACUGACCUACUCAGGCGUCGCUGUUCUUGUAGCCUCGACGAAUGCCUCAAAAAGCUAAAAAAAAAAUCGCACUGAAGCACUUUAGCUAAGCUAGCUCGCUAGCUUUUCUUCAUAUGUGAUUCCAGAGUAGAGCUGCAACGAUUAGUCGACUAAUCGCCAACUAUUUUGAGAUAAAAGCUAGAAGAAAGGAGUAUCAGGACAGGAGCAGUAGUUAAUGGAAGACAAGAAAAGGAAAAAAGACGACAAAAGGAAAAGGGAAGCCUCUCAGAAGGUCACGGAACAAAAAAACAAAGUGCCAGACUUGACCAAGCCGGCAUCUGCCCAGUCUCCUGCCAUUCAGAGCAGCUCUGCCUCCCCCAGCCCUGGACCCACCCCCUCUGCCUCCCCAUCCCCAGCCACCUUGGGCCCUGGCAGUGCUGCCACCCCGUCACAGGGCGGCAACAAUGCCAAGCGCCUGGCGGUGGCCAACGGACAGCCCACCUCCACCACCAUUUCUUCCUCCACCACUGGCAGCCCCAGUGCUGCUGGAAACGGCAGUACAAGUAGCGGAGGCGGAGCCCAGGCGCCUCAGCAGCAACCGCGCUACAUGCCGAGAGAAGUGCCACCACGAUUCCGCUGCCAGCAGGACCAUAAAGUGCUACUGAAGAGGGGUCAGCCGCCACUGUCCUCCAUGCUGCUGGGAGGGGGAGGAGGAGGAGGAGGAGGAGAUGGCCCCAAUGCAAACAUGGCUGCUGUCUCAGAUUCUGGUGCAGCUGCCUCCUCAUUGGCUCUCACCUCAUCAUCAGUUGCUGCUUCUACUACUACUUCUAAUUAUGCAAAUUCCAUGUGGGGGGCGAGCUCAGGCAGCCAGACCUCCUCUCAGGGCAGGGAGAAGGUGAUUGUCGAUGGCAACGACCUGGAGGAGUGGCCUAGCAUCGCUGGCAAUGAUGGGGGAGGAGCAUCUUUCACCGGGGCUGGAGGGGGCGGCGGCGGCAGCAGCAGCAGCAGCAACAACAACAACAACGUAAUGCCUGUGAACAGCAUCAGUGCCUCUGGCAACCAAUCCUCACCCACUUCCUCGUUCUCUUUGCCCAAUGAAUGUAUGCAGUCGUCCAACGGUGUGGCAUGGGGGAUGGCUGCCUCCCAGGGUCAUCUUGGAGGAGGGAAUGCAGUAGCUGCAGCUGGGCCUCUGCUACAACAGCCCUCCUCACUUUCCAAAGCCUCCGCUGUGCCAGCGAGCCAUGAUGCCAGUGGCCCCGUCGACGGCAGCAGUGGGAUUCCAGGUGCCAACUUCAAUCCAAAUGCCAACCCUUCGGCCUGGCCUGCCCUGGUGCAGCAGGAUGGGCCCGCUGCUGCAGGGGAAGGAGGUCAGUCUUCCUUCCAUCACCAGGGCCCUGGAGGGUCUUUGUCUGCCAACAACUCUGCUUCCCUGGCCCUAGGAGGCGGGGCAGUCGGGGUGCUGGGGGGUCACCCACCUUUAUCUGUGAAUCAAUCAAGCACCCAUCAGCGGCAACUUCACCAAAUGCAAUCCAGAGACAGAGAGAUGGGAGGGGGGAAGUGGGACAGCGAAUCAGCGGGACCAAAAAUCGCAGGGGGGGAAGGAAUUGGGGGAGGAAUGGACCGUGGUGUGGGAGGAAGCGAAAUGAGUGUGGGAGACCACAGCCUUGCUUCCUCAUGGAGAGGCCAGUCUUCUUACCCUGCAGCUAACUCCAAAACGGGUGCCUCAAGGACUGAUGGAUGGGAGGGUGGCGGAGGUGGCACAGGUGGAUUCGGAGCUGCUGAAGGAGAUAAUGGGACCUCGGGUUGGGGGUAUCAGAGUUCCACGAGUGGAGCAAAUGCUUGGGGCAGUGCUGGAAACAGUAGUCAAACCUCCGGGGUAUCUCAGGGAGGGUGGGGGUCAUCAGGAGUCGGAGGGGAGAGAGGGGUUUCUGGUGGUGAUUGGGGUGGGAGCACCGCUGGUACUGGUGGAGCUAAUCCAGGAGGUGAAGGGAUUGGUGGAGCCUGCAGCAGUAACAGCAGCAGUAGUGGGGGCAGCACAGCUGGCAACCCCCCUACCACCUCCUCCUCUUCCUCAACAGCCACCACUACGACCAGAGCUUGGGACAAUCAGAAGGGAGAGAGUGAAACGGGGGAAUGGGGUGGUGGAGGAGAUGGACAGGGACCACAGGGAGGAUCCUCAUCCAGUGGUGGAAAUUCCAGAAAUGGGAGUGGGCAUAACAAUAGUCACAGUCGUACUCACGUCCCUGCACCUAAUGCUGAAGCUGCCUUACAGAACCUGCUCAGCCGGUCUGAUUUGGAUCCUCGAGUCCUGUCCAACACAGGCUGGGGCCAAACACAGAUUCGACAAAACACGUCUUGGGACUUUGAAGAACAUGGAGGAAAGAGUAAAGGUGGAUCGUCAUCAAUUACAUCAAAACACGCAUCUUCUCUUGGUGGUUCUUCUCAGUACUCUGGUGGACCCAGGACUCAAAUCACCGAUUCUAUGGGUCCAGGGGUCAAUCCUUCCCUGGCUCCAUCUGCUGGGUCCUCCGGAGAGGGCUGGGAGAGCAGCAGCAACAGUAGCAGUAGUGGGGCCUCUCUGUCUGGGAGAGCCCCACCACCUUCUGGCCCCAACAUGAGGAAUCUUGGCGUCUCACAAUCUGGGCCAGUGACCACAACGGGACCUGGUAUGGGGUCAGGGGUAAUGUCAGGACAUAGCCAGCAGGGGAAGGCUACAGGCUGGGGUGGAGGAGGAAUGGGGGCUGGGGAUAGCCAGCAGGCCAAGGGCUGGGGGAAUGAGGAAUGGAGAGAUAGUAGUAGAGGAGGAACUGGAGGAGGGACUGGAGGAGGAUGGGGUGAUCCUGGGCAAAGGGGUGAUCCUGGGCAAAGGGGUGAUCCUGGGCAAAGGGGUGAUCCUGGACAAAGGGGUGAUCCUGGACAAAGGGGUGAUCCUGGACAAAGGGGUGAUCCUGGGCAACGGGGUGAUCCUGGACAAAGGGGUGAUCCUGGGCAACGGGGUGAUCCUGGGCAACAGAGUGACCCAGCGAGUGCAGGCUGGGGAGGAAAUAAGGAGGAGAAAAGGACAGGGGGGUGGAAAGAAAUGGGAGGGAAUGGAGGAGGGAGUGGGUGGGGAUCAGGACCGAAGGGUGGCGCAGGUCGGGACUGGGGAGAUCAACAGUCCAAAUCAAAUAGCGGAGGAGGGGGAUGGGAGGAUGAGAGAAAGAGUGGAGGCGGAAACUCAGGUGGGGAUUCAGGUUGGGGGAGCUGGGAUGAAGGUGCUCCUCGGAGAACCUGGGGAGCAGGGGGAGGAGGAGGGAGUGGAGGAGGGGGCAUGGGGUCCAAACCUCAUCAAAGUUGGAGUGGAGGAAACAAAAUGCACCAGAUGCCAAACAGCCAGCCGGGCUCCAUCACAGGCCCGCAGGCACAACUGCAACAGCAACAAUCACAGCCCCGCAAUCAGCAUCCACAGCGACAGCAAGCGUUGGACCAAGAGGCUAUGCAAGGGGGCGGGGGGAGAAAACCCAUCUCUCAAGCCCAGAAUCAGAACCAAAGCUCAGGCUGGACCUCGGGGCCCAUCCCUGGUGGCACCGGAGGAGGUGGAAGUGGAUCUGAAACAAGCGGCUGGGAGGAACCCUCACCGCAGUCUAUAAGCAGGAAGAACGAGAUAGAUGAUGGAACAUCAGCAUGGGGAGACCCAACCCGUUACACCUACAAGCCCGUAAACCUGUGGGAUAAGAACAGUGCCCCUGCUGGGCAGCAGCAGCAUGACCAGCAGCCACAUGUCCAGGCUCAGCCGCCACAUGUCCAGGCUCAGCCGCCACAUGUCCAGGCUCAGCAGCACCAACAACAGCAACAGCAACAGCAACAGCAACAGCAGCAGCAGCAGCAGCAGCAGCAGCAACAACAGCAGCUACAGGCACCUCCAACACAGCAGCAGACCCCUCCAAUACAGCAGCAGGCUCCUCCAAUACAGAAUCAGCCUAGCAGGCAAGCUCCAGGGCUUGGAGGUAACAGAGACUUCAACAGUGGCCAUGGACCUGGAAAGACUUCCGCUAUAGGUCCGUCAGGUUGGGCUGGUGCUUCUCCUGCUAGCCCUACAGCGGACAAUGGCACGACAGCUUGGGGAAAGACUACUGACGCCCCUACUGGCUGGGGAGACUCUGAGGAUGCUGGAGGGAAGACAACAGGCUGGGGAAACCCUUCUCCCAACCCCGUCAAACCUGGUUCAAAGUCUAUGCAAGAUGGCUGGGGGGAUAAAGAAGGCUCUGUGGCUGCCACGCGUCACUCAAGCUGGGAGGAGGAGGAGGAGGGAGGCGGCAUGUGGAACAGCGCCGGCUCCCAGGGAAGCGGCUCUUCUUGGGGGCAGGGAAGCAAUGGAGGCUGGGGACAGAGCCACCCUGGGAAGAAGCCCAGCAACAAGGGUCCAAUGAAGGCUGGUGGAGGAGACUCGUGGAUGAGUCCCAUCAACAGACAGUUCUCCAACAUGGGGCUGCUGAAUGAUGAUCCCAGUGGCCAGAACAUGGACCUGGCUCCGGGUUCUCUCCAGGAGAAAAAGAUGGAAGCGGAGAAAAGAGGCAUGGGGAUGGGGAUGAACGAUUACAACGGAGACAUGAGGAAGGGAGGAAGAGGAGGAGGGGCGAUGGGUUAUCGUCCACCUGGUUCCAAAGAGGCAGCACCUGGAGACUCUGGGUCCUACUAUGAUAAGACCUUGCCUUUGACCAAUCAGGAUUGGUGCCUUGGGGAGGAGGGUCCUUGCUCUCUGUACUCACCACCCACUGUCUACAAGUCCCAUUCCCUCUUCAACCACACUAUUCCCUUUAGACAAGGCGGUCACAGUAUCUUUGGCAGUAGCGGAGGGAUGGCUCAGUCAAGACACCAGCCAAGUGUCCCGCCCAUAAACCAGUCCCCAGGGAUACGAGCGCAAGUGCCUCAUCAGUUCCUGUCACCUCCGGUGCCGGGCUCCGUGCUGAAGCAGAUGCCCCCUCCCAGCGGGAGUGUAGGGGGUGUUGGCGGCGUGGGAGGAGUGGCAGGAGUCGGGGGAGGUGUGUUCCCUCCACAGCUGUCCCCGCAGCAUAUUGCCAUGCUCAGCAGCAUCUACCCGCCUCACAUCCAGUUUCAGCUGGCUUGUCAACUCCUCCUUCAGCAGCAGCAGCAACCGCCGCCGCCGCCGCCGCAGCAGCAGCAGCAGCAGCAGCAGCAGCAGCAGCAGCAACAACAGCAGCUUCUGCAAAACCAGAGGAAGUUCCCACCGAACGUGCGGCAGCAGGCUGACCCUCAACAGCUUGCCAGGAUCAUGGCGGUGCUCCAGCAGCAGAGGCAGCACCAGCAGGUCGGGGGUUUAGGCGGCAGCUCCAAACUCUCUCCCUCCCACCACGGCGGAGGGGGUCCCAAACUGCCCGGGGCUGAUCCCCUGCCCCAUCCAGGCCUGGCGCAAUCUGUGGCUGACCUGCACCAGAAACCUCUCGGACCAUAUUCCGGGUUCAGUUCUGGGGUUAACCUUCCUGGUCUGGACCUGGGUGGCUCUGUAGUGGGGGGGCCUGGGGGCAUGAAGGACCUAGGGAUUCAGCAGUCCCGCUUCAAAUGGAUGAUGGAAGGACACUCUUCUCCAGACACCUCCUCGCCUGAGAACGCAUUCCACAAAAAUGGUCCUGUCACCCCCAUGAAGAUGCCAGGGGGCUCGCCCUACUCUCAGUACGACAUGAUGGUUGGAGACGGGCUGGGAGACAACUGGCAUCGCACCCCUGGCACCAAGAUGGGUACCAAACCUCCCCCCACACCCAGCUGGCCCCCUGAGUUCCAGCCUGGUGUGCCCUGGAAGGGCAUCGACAGAGUCGACCCGGAUUCUGACCCUUACAUGACCCCGGGGAGCAUGAUGGGAAACACAGUGUCCCCCAACCUCAAUGAUACUGAGCACCAGUUGUUACAAGACAAUACUGAUUCCACCCCCCCCCUCAACACCUUGCUGCCUUCACAUGGUGCCUGGCCCUACAGUGCCUCAGACAGUCCCCUCAACAACGCACACAACUCAGCAAAGUACACAGACUACAAGACCAGCUGGCCCCCAGAGCCCAUCGGACACAAGUCCUGGAAAGCUAACCGCGGCAGCAGCCAGAGCCAGCUGUCCCAGAUGUCCCGCGCACCUCCAGGACUCGCCAGUCAAAAGCAGCCAUCGCCUUCCCCUUGGUCUGGUGGAGCCCCUCGAUUGGCUGGCCGGGGCUGGGGCGGCGGCUCGAGCUCCACUGCCUCGACGUGGAGUGACGGCAGCUCUCGGGAAAGCUGCUGGUUGGUGCUCAGCAACCUCACACCACAGAUUGAUGGCUCCACUCUGAGGACCAUCUGCAUGCAGCACGGCCCUCUGCUGACCUUUCACCUUGGCCUGACCCAGGGCACCGCUCUGAUUCGCUACGGCUCCAAACAGGAGGCAGCCAAGGCCCAGAGCGCACUCCACAUGUGUGUUCUGGGUAACACCACCAUCUUGGCGGAGUUUGUGAGCGAGGAGGAUGUGGCUCGCUACAUUGCACAUUCCCAGGCAGGAGGAGCAGGGAGCGGAGGAACCACAGGCGGCUCUGCAGGCUCCGGGCCGUCAGCGUCCUCCGCAGUGGGGUCCAACGGUAACGGAGGGAGUUGCGAGAGAGGAGGCGGCAGCGGAGGAGUAGAAGGAGGCUCCGCGGCCGGAGGAGGAGCAGGAAACGGAGGAGCCGGGUCUUCGAGCUCCGGGUGGCAGAGUCUGGACAGCACAGGCAGCUCAUCGGACCAGUCUGCCACCCAGGGGCCCGGGCUGGGCAUCUUCGCCCAGUGGAGCAGCAAUGGGACCGUGGUGGGCGGGGCAGGAGGUGUGGAAGCCGGAAGGCAGGGUCUGUGGGGGGGGAUGGGUGGGAUGAGCGGGGCCGGGUACCCCAGCAGUAGCCUCUGGGGUUCUCCUGCACUUGAGGAUCGUCACCAGAUGGGCAGCCCCGCCUCACUGCUGCCAGGGGACCUGCUGGGCGGGGGGGGCGACUGACGAACACACAUUUUACACCCAAGUUGUAAUACACAUGUCACACUCUGUAUUUAUUUACACGUAGAGAUGACAUGAAUUAAAGCUACAUUGGUCAACAGUCAUUCUUAACACAGGCUACAUGCAGUACAUGCACACAUUAUUUUCACACGUACACAUUAAACCGCUUAACUUUAAAUGAAGACAACAGUAAAACUUGAACUUGGAAAAAGGUGAAAUCCAUUAAACCCUUUAGGACUCAACUGGAUAGCUCUUUAUACUCCAAAUCCAACCAUCUGCAUUCAGAGACCCGAUCACUCAGGCAUGCACUGUAGACAGGCUCAGCCAGAGUCGUACAUGUCAACAAGUUUAGCUAUUGCUGUUUUUAGUGUGCCACAAUUUACUUUCUUUUGUAUUACUAUUUAAUGGUCGAAUCUCAAAAUUCAGACUUGCAGACUGAGCCCUCAUAGACCUGGCUGGCGUACUUCUAAGUUCUCAUGUUUGGAAGCUUGAGAGUGGGGAAGGAUCUGGAGUUUGUAGAAAUUUGGGGACAGCGCCACACUACUGAGUCAAAUGGACGAUCAGCAACCUUUUGAGAUCUGGAAAAGGAGAGCGUUUUUAGUAGGUACCGACACCUCUACCUUGGUGGAAAUAUGCCAUCAACAUGGGACCCAGGGUAAAAAAAGAAGAAGAAAAAUCAAAACAGAAACAACAUUAGCCAAACUUGCACUAUAUGCCUCUGGGUUUGUUGUUGACACAUCCUCCACAAAUCCCUCCAUUAUUUUUGAAACAGCUACAAAACAACAACUUACAGGACGACUAAAUGUUACAACAGCAGUGGCCUUGGCUAACAACCAGCGGCCGCCCGCCCGCCAUGUCAGCAGCCUUCACACCUUCUCAUCAGUUCCACACUGCUCUUAUAUUUGACAAGCAAAAUUGUAUCUCCUUGUUGAUGUACGUCGGGUGUUUAUCUUUUUUUUCUUUCUGUUUUUAAAAGAAAAGAAAUGUGAGAAGCUUUGUGGAAAUUCAGAGAUGUCCUCUUUUUUUUUGCCCUUCAAACACUGACCUCGCUAUUGUAUUUUUUCUUACUCGAGAAAUCAAGUUGGUUAUUAUAUAUUGUCAUGAUGUUAAUGAUGACUACGAUCACUUAUUUACUCGCUGUACAAGGUGCCCUCCUGCCUGCCUGUGUGUGCAUGAAAGGAGUGAUGACAGUAUGACCGAAUGGAGGAGGAUGUGAUGAAGAUAAUGAUAUCGGGAGUGUCUGUGUUAUUGCUACAACGUUGAAUGUUUUUUUUUCUUUCUUGUCCAUGAGAGAUUCAUGAGAAAUGUGUGUGUUUGUGUGCGUGUGUGUGUGCGCGCGCUUGCUUUGAACACUUAUCUGCUCCAGUCAGGGAAGUGAAUAGAUGUUAAUCUGACAGCUUACAUUUGAGAGAGUGUGUGUGUGUGUGUGUGUGGAUGUGUAUACAUGUUUGCGUGCUCGACUGUUUGGAUAUUGUAAUAGCUAAAAAGUUCAAAAACGUUGGCACUAUUGCAUAUGUCUCUUAAGUUGUGUUUUUUUUUUUUAGCAGCAUUUUGUUCCUGUUUGUAUUGUUUUUUUUUUCUGCCAAUUGCAAUAAGAGAAUAUUUUGUUUUUAAGACGAAGUAACCAACUGAAGGCAUUUCUAUAAAAAAUGCCAAAUCCUACCAUACCAAGCUGAGCUGGAACAGUGUUUUACAGACACGUUAAAGACAUUACCUGUUAUGUUUUACUGUUUUCUUUUUUGUUUUGUUAUUAUGUAUCAAUUUAAAUUAAGUCAGUCUUUAUUAUCACUCCUGUUCAGGAUGUUUUCAUUUAUUUCAGAUGUUACAAAAAGGAGGGGAAAUUAAUUUAAAGCAGAAAAGAACAAGAUAAUAAAGGUUGAAUUGAA